AUGUGUGGCAUUUGUUUUUGUCUUCAUACACAAUCAAUACCUCUGUCCAUUGAUUAUGCACCAUUAAAUGCACGUGGUCCUGAUUUUCAAAAUCAAUAUGGACCAAUAUCACUUACAUCUGAUUUAUAUGUUACAUUUGUUGUUAGUGUACUUGCUCUUCGAGGUUAUAAACAACAACAACCAUUUAUUGAUGAAGAUGGAAAUAUACUUUUAUAUAAUGGAGAAAUAUAUGAAGGAUCUUUACAAAUAAAACCAGAUGAUAAUGAUGGUGUACUUUUAUCUCAUCAUUUAAAACAAUGUUCAAAUGAUAUAGAUAUUUGUAAUUUAAUAUCAACAUUAGAAGGAUGUUUUGCUUUUAUAUAUUUUCAAUUUAGAAAAAAACCAAUAGUCUAUAUUAUGGACGAGAUCGUUUAG